AUGAAUAACGUGACGAUCCUGCCCACCGGGGCAAAGUUCCUUCGGCUAGAACAGUCCACCCCCGAGAUGCGUCAUGGCUACCGAAUUCUGGACCACGACAACCCUCAUCGAUUUGGUUCACGACCUCUCUCCGCCCUAUCAUCGAACAUUAAUCACCGUCUGGACACCUUGAUUCCGACAACCCCGGAGAUUCUGACCAGAUAG